AAUACCGUUAGUUACCGCUGGUAAAAUAGAUUUGAAGUAAAUCUCCUCCAGCACGUACUUUGACGGGAAGCUUCCUCAUCUUUUUUAAUGCGCCCACUUUCUGGGCAAAAGACUUCUUCACAUGGUCUACAUGCAUUGCCCAUGUCAGCCUAUUGUCAAUGACUAAUCCCAAACAAAUUUGGUGUGACUCGAUAAGUUUCGGCCACUGUGUCACUUUUAAGGUAACUACACUUAAAAUUUUCACAGACGAUCCUAGUCCUGAGCAGAAAAGCGAUUUCUUAGAUGAGAUUAAACUGAUGAAAGCUGUUGGUUCACACAAGAACAUCGUGAGUUUGAUUGGCUGUUGUACCAAGUCCACACCAAAUUUCCUCGUCGUGGAGUUUGCAGAGAAAGGAGACUUGCUUUCUUAUUUGAGAGAACGAAGAACAAAGAUGAAAGACCCUGAACUCACGGACGGGACAUACCUGCAGGUACGAGAGAACCCGCCCCCAGUGCCACCAACAAUAUUACUGAGCCAGGAAAAUGGAGGCAGUCACAAUGAGACUGGUGGAAAUGACACUGGCCAACUUAACGUUGCUUUCUCGAGGACUGACAGCAGCAUUGACAUAAGAAAUAACAGCGCUCAGUCUUUGAUGGCCGACGAGGAUCAAGAACAAAAUGACGACGAAGAUGAACACGAUUCUCUGACUUCCCAAGACAUGUUGUCCUUCUCCUGGCAAGUAGCACAGGGAAUGCAAUAUUUGUCAGGAAGGAAUAUUAUUCAUCGGGAUCUGGCCGCUCGCAAUGUCUUGGUCUGCGAAAAGAAGAUUGUCAAAGUAGCUGAUUUUGGUUUGGCUCGAAGCACCAUGACAGAGAAUGUGUAUCGCGGAACGGGUCAACAUAAGAGACUUCCAGUGAGGUGGAUGUCACCUGAAGCUAUCAGUGAUGGUGUUUUCACCGUGAAAAGUGACGUGUGGUCAUAUGGAGUCUUACUCUGGGAGAUUGCGACUCUUGGAGGGUUCCCUUAUCCUGGAAUCAGAAACAGAGAACUUAUGAGACUACUAAAAAGAGGAUACAGGAUGGAAAAACCAGAUACAUGCUCAGAGGAGUUCUAUCAUUUGAUAACAAGUUGCUGGGCAAACAAUCCGGACACGCGACCAACCUUUACCGAGCUGUGCCAAGAUCUAGAGGACUGGAUGCAAAGAGACACUCCUUAUUUGGACAUGGACCAGGUGGAUGAAGAUCAACCUUACUACGAUGCGUCUGCAAUGUCAGCGUCCAGCGGAUCAUCCUGCGAAGAACAUGCACCAGUGUGUCCUGACUUAAACAACACCGCAGAAAAUCUGUCUUGUGGUAUUCAGGAUGUUUAACUCGAAAUUACAAACUUUUAAAGAAAAUUAAAACGUCAGAGCAGUAGUAAUAUACACGUAGGCUAAAAGUCUGAUACGAUCACAGGAAUUCGCCGUUCGCCUAGUAAAGCCGGCCGCGUCCUCCCGCCUGGGGCUACCAGAGUUAUUGCUUUCAGCCCCGGGGCCCCAGCUUCUCCGAUCGGCCGGUCGUUGCUGGUUCUCAUUUCCGA